CUAAAAUUGAUGGGCUACUGUAUCGUUGGAGAAAAUCGUGUCGGAGCUCCACACAACAAGGCUACUAUUGUCAAACGGCCAAUGAGGUAGAAGCGGGGCGGAGAACAGUCGACGAUUGUACUACAGGCAGAAUAGUAGCCUACUGCAAACAGCUGUGGAAGCGUCUGUUUUGUACACGCGUUUCGCUGAUCUGGUCAAUGGAUUACACAGUUUCCCUACAAGUGCAACAUCAACUGACUGUGUUCCCGACACACUUGUACCAGGGUUACAGUUUGGAGUUACAGAUGAAGUCUACAGAAGUGGACCAAGGGCUUUUCACAGACACCUACUGCAAAGUGUGCAGCGCUCAGCUCAUCUCCGAGUCCCAGAGGAUCGCCCACUACGAGAGCCGGAAACAUGCCAAUAAAGUAAGACUGUAUUACAUGCUACAUCCCGUGGAUGGAGGCUGCCCAGCUAAGAAACUCAGAACAGACAAUGGCAGUGAGGAGGGAGAUGUGGACAAGAACAAAUGCUGCACGCUGUGUAACAUGUCCUUCACCUCAGCAGUGGUGGCACAGUCACAUUACCAAGGCAAAAUCCAUGCCAAGAGACUAAAGCUGCUGCUGGGGGAGCAGCCUGCCAUCACAGCCAAAGAGGUGCCGCCCAGUCCGGUGAAAUGUUCCCUGGAAACGACCCCAGUGACCUCUCCUCGGCAGCGCAGGGACUCAGACCGCUACUGCCAGCUAUGCAACGCCUGGUUCAACAACCCGGGCAUGGCGCAGCAGCACUACGAUGGCAAGAAGCACAAGAAAAACGCGGCUCGCGCUGACCUCCUGGAACAGCUGGGCAAGACCUUGGACAUGGGAGAGAUGAAAGGUCUGAAACGUAGCUAUACCUGUGAAGUCUGCAGUGUCACACUGAACUCUGUGGCACAGUACCAUGCACAUCUGCAAGGCUCAAAGCACCAAAACAACCUGAAGAAUCAGAUAUGUGUCCAGUGAAUCUUGAAGAACAAAAUAAUCCAUUGGAUUGAUGUCAGACAAGCUGUGGUCAGCUUGCCCCGCUUUUUCUGCCUCUGCUCUGCUUUCUCUCUCUACCACACACACUCUUUCUCGCUCUCGGUCUGUCUCUCUCUCUCUGUCUCUCUCUCUGUGUCUCUCUCAGUGGCCCUGCUGGCAUACAGUAGGAGAAAGAGGGGGUUUUGUAACACUCCAGCUCCACAGCAUCUAUCUCACCUGUCAACGUAAAGCUUCUGCAGAACUCUUCUCAUUUUAGCUGUGUGAUCAUCAACAUUCCACAUUCCGCAUUCCACAUUAACAGAUUUUCAGUAUGUUUAAAGACAAUUGUCCAAGAGCAUAAAGGUUGAUCGGGCAAAGGGGUGGUCUUCUCAAUGCAUGAUGAAACAAACAACCUGCAACUUCAUGCUAACUAUGCUUUUUGCUUUAGUUGUGUUAGAGAGAGGAAGACUCUCAGUGGCAUUUUGACUUGAGGAAUAAAUAGUUUUUUUGUAAUUUAUUUACCUCUGAAAUAGAAUAUGUAUAAGAGAUAACUUAUAUGUAAGUAAUAUAUUGUUUUUAGAUUUAUUUAUGAAUCAUUCAUUUUAAAAUUUGUAUUUGGUUUGCCCUCAGAAUACGUUUUUUUCUUUCAGAAUAAUGUAUAACAUUAUAAUAAUGGUUUAAUAAUUGGGUCUAUGCUAUAUAUUCCCAUCCAAUCUUACAAUAACAUAAUAUCCCUGGUGGACAAAAGGUUUUGUUGGCAAUAAUAAUGACAAUUUGAGAAAUGCCUUUGAACAUAAUGGUAUCGUGCACAAGUUGCUUUAUAAAUACUACAGUAAAAGUUUUUUUAAAUAUUUGUAUUUAUUUUGGGAAUUGAUCUUUCUGCGUCUCUAGCAGUCCUGGAAGGAGAACCUAGAUAGGGAUCUAUGUUGUCAGUGUUCCAGAUCUCAACAUGUGUUCUCUGUUCCUCCAUGUGGUUUUGAGGUUCAAAUGUGGUCUUCGUCUCAGGGAGGUCCCAUUGAUUACUAUUGUUCAGAUUCAUGAUUCAGAUUCAUGAUUCAGAUUCAACAGAACUAUUUUAAAAUGUUACUACGUUCAUGUUCACUGAAUUCAUUCCAAAAAAGCCUUUUAGAAUGUGUAAGAAAUACAGCCAAUUACAGUCAAUUUGAAUCAAACCAUGUUAUUCUGUAAUGGUGUUAUGAUGAUGUCUUAUUCAGAGAUGGAGAGUAUUUAAAAAGCAAUCCAACUUUAAUAUACAACCUUAUUUCAACCUUCUGUAACAACUCUUUCAUUCUAAUAUGUUAUUAGAACAUCAAAGCUACGUUAUAACAGUGGUUCCUGUUGCCAUAGCAGGUGUUUUAUUAGGAAUGUAUAUUUGUUCUUACUGUUGUGGAUUAAACAGUUUAUUGGUAAUUGGGAAAGCAGAUGUAUCUGUAUACUGAUAGAAGAGGUAUUUAUUAUCCUGUCAGUACAGUGCAGUCAGUGUCUGUCGACAGCAAAGAUGUGUUUAAUCAAUAGCCUUGAUAAAUAACUUUAAAGGUAUUUUUGUGCAAAUUUAUAAAUAACUGAUCUGUUUGUUUUGAAAUUACCAAUGUCUAGAAUUGUUACACCAAUUGAAACCAAGCCUUUUUCCUUUUUUGAUAAGACUUCAACCGUUUUAAUUUACUGCUUACGCAAAGAAAACCACACCACAGCAUGUUCAUGGGCAUUAGAGGGAUGGAGAGAGAAAUUAAAAAACAUACAACAAAACAUCCUGAAUUGAACACCAACUGAAGCUGGCUCAACUGAGAGCCAUCCGCCUUGUGAGAUGCCACAGGCAAAAAACAACAACUAAUGUACAAAGUGUUUUUAAUAUUACAAGCAACUUAAGAUGUACUCUGUGGACGUAUGAUUUACUAAUUAAUGCAACUCUGCGAUCCAUUGAAUUGCUUUGCUCAGCCCCAAGUCACAUUCUGCCCAACUUUUGCAUUGGAUCUAAUGUCUCUCCCUUGAUCUCCAGAGGAACACCACCUCUCAUACACCCUACUCUCUUUGUGCUAUCUCUGGGUUAUGUACUCUACUGUGUCUGAAAAACAAUAAAAAGACACUUGCAACUAUACCAUA